AUGGUCUUCGAGAGAGGCUACCACGGCGGCACCCUCAUGUUCGCCGGCACCAACCCCCUGAACUUGCCGCAUGACUUUGUCAUGGGCGUCUACAACGACGCCGAGACGACGCGCGCGCGCUUGACACUCGAUAUUGGCGCCAUCCUCGUCGAGCCUAUGCUCGGCGCCGGCGGCAUGAUCCCGGCGACGCCCGCCUUCCUGCAAAUGCUCCGCGUCGAGGCGACGCGCAUAGGCGCCGUCCUCAUCUUCGACGAGAUCAUCACGUCCCGGCUCUUCUACGGCGGCCUGCAGGAGCACCUCGGCAUCACGCCCGACAUGACGACCAUCGGCAAGCACUUUGGCGGCGGCUUCUCCUUCGGCGCCUUCGGCGGGCGCAGCGACAUCAUGGCUCUCUUCGACCCCCGCGCCACGCCCGACACACUGCACCACUCGGGCACCUGGAACAACAACACAUUCUCCAUGACGGCCGGCUGCGUCGGCGCCGACCUGCUCUCGCGCGCGGCGCUCGAGCGCACGGCCGAGCUGGGGCACCGUCUGCGGCAGGGCGUCGCCGGCGCGUUUGCGCGAAGGGGCGACGCCGUCGUCCGCGUGACGGGCGUCAGCAACGUCGCCGGCUUUGACUUUCUCGGCCCCGACGGGCCCCGGAUCCGCGCGGCGUUCUACUUUUUCAUGCUGCGGAGGGGCAUCUAUGUUGCGAGUCGGGGGUUUGCGUCGUUGAACAUUGUGCACCAGCAGGAGCACGUCGACCGGCUGGUGGCAGCUGUUGAGGAGUUUUGCCGAGAUGUGCUGUGA